AUGGCCGACUACUCUUUCGGUGGCUCAGAGGAAGAGAACGCCGAGCUCAGGAAACUCGAGGCUGAGCUGGUCGAAGACCCAGAUAACUUCGAAACAUGGGAAAAACUAGUGCGCGGCGCAGAAUCUCUGGAAGGCGGUAUUAAUCGAAACUCCAAUCCGCAAGCAAUUACCACCGUUCGAAAUGGGUACGACCGGUUCCUCGCCAAGUUUCCUCUGCUGUUCGGAUACUGGAAGAAAUAUGCCGAUCUUGAAUUUUCAAUUGCUGGGACAGAAGCUGCAGAGAUGGUCUACGAACGUGGUGUCGCAAGCAUUCCUACCUCGGUCGACCUAUGGACAAACUACUGCGCAUUCAAAGUUGAAACGAACCAUGACUCUGAUGUCAUUCGAGAAUUGUUUGAAAGAGGCGCAAACUGCGUAGGCUUGGACUUCCUUGCCCAUCCCUUCUGGGACAAAUAUAUCGAAUUCGAGGAACGGCUUGAGGCUUUUGAUAAGAUUUUUGCCAUUUUGGGACGUGUAAUUCACAUUCCUAUGCAUCAGUAUGCUCGUUACUUUGAGCGGUAUCGACAACUCGCCCAGGGUCGGCCCUUGAACGAACUGGCACCUCCAGAAAUCUUGACACAGUAUCGCUCAGAAAUUGAGGCUGCAGGUGACCAGCCUGCUCCCGGUGCCAAGUCUGACGCUGAGAUUGAGCGAGACCUUCGUUUGCGCCUAGAUACCUACCAUCUAGAAGUCUUCUCCAAGACUCAGACUGAAACCACAAAGCGCUGGACUUAUGAAUCCGAGAUUAAACGCCCCUACUUCCAUGUGACCGAGUUAGAUGAAGGCCAGUUAGCCAACUGGAAGCGCUACCUAGAUUUUGAGGAAGCAGAGGGUUCUUAUGCUCGUACUGUCUUCUUAUACGAACGAUGCCUAGUCACAUGUGCUCACUACGAUGAGUUCUGGCUACGUUAUGCCAGGUGGAUGUCAGCUCAAGCGGAAAAGGAAGAGGAAGUGCGAAAUAUCUACCAGAGAGCAAGCACCGUAUUCGUGCCAAUUGCCUACCCCACAGUGCGCUUGCACUAUGCUUACUUUGAGGAAAUGAGCGAGCAUGUUGAUAUCGCCAGAGAUAUCCAUGACGCAAUCCUCUUCACACUCCCAAAUCAUGUCGAGACCAUUGUUUCCCUGGCAAAUUUAUCUCGCCGUCACGGCAAGCUUGAGGACGCUAUUGAUGUGUAUAAGAGCCGAAUUGAGACCCCUGGUUUCGAUGCGGCUACCAAGGCUGCUCUCGUAGCCGAGUGGGCCAUAUUAGUCUGGAGAGUUAAAGGCUCGUCUGACGAAGCUCGACAAGUAUUCCAGAACUAUCAACAGAUCUGCUUGGAUAGCCGUGCAUUCUGGACGCGGUACCUGCUGUUCGAACUAGAACAACCGACCUCUUCAGACACCGAGACUGUCCAGCAUGAACGUAUAAAGAAGGUGGUCGACGACCUUCGACACAAGAGUMCCCUCCCCGCCGAGGCAGUCAAGGAGCUUGUGCAACACUAUAUGGUAUUUCUACUUGAACGUGGAACCAAGGCCGCCGCCAAAGAGUAUAUCACAUUGGAUCGUGAAGUUCACGGGCCCGCUUCAGUCUCACCUACAAACAAGAGACAGGAAGCCGCUAAAGUUGUGCCACCUGCUCCUCAGCCUGUUCCCACACCGGACCCUGCCGCUUACGCCUAUUACCAGCAGCAGCAAGGACAAAUACCAGUGCCUAAUGGAGGUGUUAGUCUACUUCCUCUUGACAAUCUUGAACCCACAAACUGA